CUGGGACAGACUUGUGAGCGCAGUCUCGCAAAAAACCUGCACUGGAUUUAACCGGAAUUUUCAGAGUUUGGUGAAAUAGCUGAAAAAGAAGUAGAACAGAAUUCCCAGCUGAAUGUAUGAAACUGAACUGCGCAGUGAAAAUGCUGGAAAAGAUGAAUAACUGACAGCAGACGGAGAGAAAAUGUGCCUGACAUUGCAUGAUAGUGGACGCUAAGCAGAAUCACUAAAACCUUCAGGACACAAACAUUCAGGACGGACCUCAGUGGGCGACUUUGAAGCGAUUCUUCUGAAAAUGUCCCUGAAAAGUGGAUCGUUUUUGGUUCUUUGUGUGGUUUUUAUAUGCGCCCCUCAGCAGUGCCAUGCGGGCUGUGCGGAGGUGGACUCUAUGACCGAGGCAGUGGCUGGUGAGAGCUUCAUGCUGGGCUGUAUUUCGUGUAAGCGGAGGGAGGAGGUGUCUGCAGAGACAAUUGUGGACUGGCACUUUAAACCUGAUGGGACAGACGAGCCCUACCAUAUCUUCCGCUAUGAAUACCCGCUCUCUAUCAUCCUCCAUGAAGACUUUGAGGGUCGGCUCGAGUGGCAUGGGACGGAGGGCACGGCAGACGUUCAGAUUGGCGCCAUCUUCAUCCACAACGUCACCUACAAUGACACGGGAACCUACACGUGCACCUUGGAGCGCACGCUCUUCUUACCUCUGGGAAAAGAACACGUCACCAUCGAGAAGAUAGUGGAGCUCACAGUGGUGCCUGAAGCGAAUCGUGAGCUGACUGCGGUGAUCUCUGAGAUUAUGAUGUACGUUCUGAUUGUGGUUCUGCAGCUGUGGAUGAUCGGAGUGCUGAUUUAUUGCUAUAAGAAGAUCUACGCUGAGAAUGAAGCGCGCGAGGCUCGGAAAGCUCUGCGUGAGACAAACAAACUCAUUGACCCAAAGGACACAUGCGAUGGGGUGCAUUUGGAGUGAUUGCGGUCAGUGCGGUCAGCAUGGUUUUUUUUAUAGUGAAUAAUAAAAGAGCUCUGACUGUUGUGUUUUUAUAGUUCUACAAAUUCUGGAGUGAUUUUGGAGAUAUGUGCUCAUGUAUUAUGUAAGGAUUACCGAAUCCUUUGAUAUUCAUAUAAGCUUUGAUAUUGCAAGAAAUAUUAUACAUGCUGCAUUAAAACAUGAGCCAUUAUGUUAAAAAGAAAACUGUUAUCAGUGUUACUUAAAUAGGACUGUAAAAGAACGACUUAAGCACUUAUGCUUUUGUUAGUGCAGCUUCAAGACAGAAUUUUAACAAAUUUGUGGCUAUUUGUGUUGGAGUUGGGCUUGACUUCUGUAUUCUGAUGGCUUUAUGUACAAUAACACAUAAACAAAAUCCACUGCUUUUUAUCAAAUAAAAGAUUUAUAUACAAUUGUGAUUUA